UUUUUAGCAAUCAUGCAGGGAAAUAAUAAAAUAAAAUAUUUAGUUCUGCUUUUAAUUGCCACUUCAGUGUUGGGUAAAUUCAAGCUAAAUCUUCUCGAACUUGUAAUGGAUAAGGCAGAAAGUAAUUUUAUUGCUUCGCCUCUAUGCAUCGAAAUUGGAAUAAGCAUGAUCUUAAUGGGAGCUAAAGGAACAACCGCCGAGGAACUAAGAAGCGUUCUUGACCUACCAGUGGAUGUGACAGAAAUGGCCAAGAAAUACGAAAGGAUUAUGUCUAAUUUCCAAAAACAUAAUGGGCUUCGUUUUACAAAUUGGCUUUAUGUCAAUGAGACAUAUGAAGUAAGGCAGGAUUACAACACGUUAAUGAAGAGCACCUUCAUGGCAGAGGGCAAAGACCCGUUAAGUCAAAGAAAGGCUAGCAACAGUAUCAGCUUUUCGAUUCAUCGGAAGAGUCACAAGGGCAUGCGCACUAUUUCUAAUGAUCAUAACCUGCAAAUUAAUGAAAGUGCAGUGUUAGUUAACACCGUCUACUAUAGCGGCGCUUGGAAAACUAGGUUUAGUAAAAAGGACACCAAGCUAAAAGUAUUCCAUGGAGAUCAUAAUAAAAAAGUUUAUGUCAGGAUGAUGUCCCAUGUGGGCAGAUUUAGGAUUGCUGAUCACUCUUAUGGACAAAUCAUUGAGAUGCCGUUUGAUAACUCAGACCUGUCAAUGAUAAUCGGUCUGCCAUUGCAUAACACAUAUCUAAGCUCUAUUGAAAAAAUACUUAGAACACUCUCAGAGAGCCUAGUAGAAAACAAUGUUCAUGUGGAACUGCCAAAGUUUAAAAUCAAAUAUCAGACGGAACUAGUUGAAUCCCUAAAAAAAUUGGGCAUACACCUUAUCUUCAGCAAUACCUCGGAUCUCAGCGGCCUUCUGACCAACGGUACAGGUGCCAAAAUUAACCAUGUGGUACACAAAUCCUUUAUUGAGAUCAACGAAAGGGGAGCAUCGACAGGAGAAGCGUCAGACCACGCAGAGUCUAUCCAAAAAAAAACAAGAGCAUCGACGUCCUUUAAAGUCAAUCGUCCUUUUGUCUUCUUGAUUCGCGACAAGCAUACCGUCUACUUCCGCGGACGCGUCGUUCGACUGCCUAACGAAUUACAUCUUUAAGGCAAUGUUUUGUUUUCUAGUCACUUGAAACAACGAAGUUAAAAAAUAAUUAAACCCAUUGCUUCUCUUACUGAACAUAUCUU